UUCUCCACCUCUUGCCGCGCGGCUUGUCGCGGGCCGGUUGCUCUGCCUGAACGCGGGACUGACUCCGGCACCCGCAUCUCCUUGCGCUCUUCCCCCUCACAGCCGCCGCUGCUCACCAGCAUCCCACCCCUCACCCACGCCGCGUCUAAGCGGCCCCACUGAGUCCCGACGCCGGGCCCCGCAGUACAGGGGUACCAGGCCAGCCUAUGGAGAAUCCCAGAUAACGCGAGUUGGGGGCGCCCACGCCCCCCAUCCCCGCCAGCAUGGCUGGGCCGCCGCCACUCCAGGAGCUGCCCCCUGUCUAUACACCCCCAGCUCGAGCCGCAUCACCCCAGAUCCUAGCUGGGAGCCUAAAGGCUCCACUCUGGCUUCGUGCUUACUUCCAGGGCCUGCUCUUCUCUCUGGGCUGCGGGAUCCAGAGACACUGUGGCAAAGUGCUCUUCCUGGGCCUGUUGGCCUUUGGAGCCCUGGCACUGGGUCUCCGUGUGGCCAUCAUUGAGACAGACCUAGAACAGCUCUGGGUGGAAGUGGGCAGCCGGGUGAGCCAGGAGUUGCAUUACACCAAGGAGAAGCUGGGGGAAGAGGCUGCGUACACCUCCCAGAUGUUGAUACAGACCCCACACCAGGAGGGGGAGAACAUCCUCACGCCUGAGGCACUGGGCCUCCACCUCCAGGCAGCCCUUGCAGCCAGUAAAGUGCAAGUAUCACUCUAUGGAAAGUCCUGGGAUUUGAAUAAAAUCUGCUACAAGUCAGGAAUUCCCCUAAUUGAAAAUGGAAUGAUUGAGCGGAUGAUUGAGAAGCUGUUUCCGUGCGUGAUCCUCACCCCCCUCGACUGCUUCUGGGAGGGAGCCAAACUCCAAGGGGGCUCUGCCUACUUGCCUGGUCGUCCUGACAUCCAGUGGACCAACCUGGAUCCAGAGCAGCUGCUCAAGGAGCUGGGCCCUUUUGCCUCCCUUGAGGGCUUCCGGGAGCUGUUAGACAAGGCACAGGUGGGCCAGGCCUAUGUGGGGCGGCCCUGUCUGCACCCUGAUGACCUCCACUGCCCACCUACUGCCCCUAACCAUCACAGCAAGCAGGCUCCCAAUGUGGCUCAGGAGUUGAACGGUGGCUGCCAUGGCUUCUCCCACAAGUUCAUGCACUGGCAGGAGGAACUGCUGCUGGGGGGCAUGGCCAGAGACGCCCAAGGACAGCUGCUAAGGGCAGAAGCCCUGCAGAGCACCUUCUUGCUGAUGAGUCCCCGCCAGCUGUAUGAGCACUUCCGAGGCGACUACCAGACACACGACAUCGGCUGGAGCGAGGAGCAGGCUGGCACAGUGCUGAGGGCCUGGCAGCGGCGCUUUGUGCAGCUGGCCCAGGAGGCCCUGCCUCAGAAUUCAUCCCAGCAGAUCCACGCCUUCUCCUCCACCACCCUGGAUGACAUCCUGCAUGCUUUCUCUGAAGUCAGUGCUGCCCGUGUGGUGGGAGGCUAUCUGCUCAUGGUGGGUCCUGCUCCCGGCACCUUACCCCACCCUCUGCCCGGUGCUCAGCCAGGAAGCUGCUUUCCAAGACUGUGCCCUCCUUCCCCACAGCUAGCCUAUGCCUGUGUGACGAUGCUGCGCUGGGACUGUGCCCAGUCCCAGGGUGCUGUAGGCCUUGCAGGGGUGCUGCUGGUAGCCCUGGCAGUGGCCUCGGGCCUCGGGCUCUGUGCCCUGCUUGGCAUCGCCUUCAACGCUGCCACUACCCAGGUGCUGCCCUUCUUGGCACUGGGCAUCGGUGUGGAUGACAUAUUCCUGCUGGCACAUGCCUUCACAGAGGCUCCACCUGGCACCCCUCUCCAGGAGCGCACAGGCGAGUGUCUGCGGCGCACAGGUACCAGCGUCGCACUCACAUCCAUCAACCACAUGGUUGCCUUCUUCAUGGCUGCCCUAGUUCCCAUCCCUGCACUGCGGGCCUUCUCCUUGCAGGCGGCCAUAGUGGUUGGCUGCAACUUUGCAGCCGUGAUGCUUGUCUUCCCGGCGGUCCUCAGCCUGGACCUGCAUCGGCGCCACUGCCAGCGCCUCGACGUGCUCUGCUGUUUCUCCAGGUACCGUCCCUGCAUCCCCACCCCACCAGGCCUCAUCUCCUCGGGCCCCAUCACUUCCUGUCCCCUCACCAGCAUUUCCACAGACCUGCCACCCCCACUCUCUGCCUCUUCCAGCCCCUGCUCUGCCCGCGUGAUUCAGAUUCUGCCCCAGGAACUAGGGGAUAGGACAGUACCAGUGGGCAUUGCCCACCUGACUGCCACAGUUCAAGCCUUUGCCCACUGUGAAGCCAGCAGCCAGCAUGUCGUCACCAUCCUGCCUCCCCGGGCCCACUUGGUGCCCCCACCUUCUGACCCACUGGGCUCUGAGCUCUUCAGCCCAGGAGGGUCCACACGGGACCUUCUAGGCCAAGAGGAGGGGACAAGGCAAAAGGCAACGUGCAAUUCCCUGCCCUGUGCCCGCUGGAAUCUUGCUCAUUUCGCCCGCUAUCAUUUUGCACCCUUGCUGCUCCAGUCACACAGCAAGGCCAUGGUGCUGGUGCUCUUUGGGGCUCUUCUGGGCCUGAGCCUCUACGGAGCAACCUUGGUGCAGGAUGGGCUGGCCCUGACAGAUGUGGUGCCUCGGGGCACCAAGGAGCAUGCCUUCCUGAGCGCCCAGCUCAGGUACUUCUCCCUGUACGAGGUGGCCCUGGUGACACAGGGUGGCUUUGACUACGCCCACUCCCAACGCGCCCUCUUUGAUCUGCACCAGCGCUUCAGUUCUCUCAAGGCCGUGCUGCCCCCGCCUGCCACCCAGGCGCCCCGCACCUGGCUGCACUAUUACCGCAACUGGCUACAGGGAAUCCAGGCCGCGUUUGACCAGGACUGGGCUUCUGGGCGCAUUACCCGCCACUCAUGCCGCAAUGGCUCUGAGGAUGGGGCCCUGGCCUACAAGCUGCUCAUCCAGACCGGGGAUGCCCAAGAGCCUCUGGAUUUCAGCCAGUUGACCACAAGGAAGCUAGUAGAUAAGGAGGGGCUGAUCCCACCCGAACUCUUCUACGUGGGGCUGACCAUGUGGGUAAGCAGUGACCCACUGGGCCUGGCAGCCUCACAGGCCAACUUCUACCCCCCACCUCCCGAGUGGCUGCACGACAAAUAUGACACUACGGGGGAGAACCUUCGCAUCCCGGCGGCCCAGCCCCUGGAAUUUGCCCAGUUCCCCUUCCUACUGCAUGGCCUCCAGAAGACUGCGGACUUCGUGGAGGCCAUUGAGGGGGCCCGAGCAGCGUGCACCGAGGCAGGCCGGGCCGGGGUGCGUGCCUACCCCAGUGGCUCCCCCUUCCUCUUCUGGGAGCAGUAUCUGGGCCUGCGGCGCUACUUUUUGCUGGCUAUCUGCAUCCUGCUGGUAUGCACUUUCCUCGUCUGUGCCCUGCUGCUGCUCAAUCCCUGGACAGCUGGUCUCAUAGUACUGGUCCUGGCGAUGAUGACUGUGGAGCUCUUUGGCAUCAUGGGUUUCCUGGGCAUCAAACUGAGUGCCAUCCCUGUGGUGAUCCUUGUGGCCUCUGUAGGCAUUGGUGUCGAGUUCACAGUCCAUGUGGCUCUGGGCUUCCUGACCACCCAGGGUAGCCGGAACCUGCGGGCUGCCUGUGCCCUAGAGCACACAUUUGCUCCCGUGACCGAUGGGGCCGUCUCCACAUUGCUGGGUCUGCUUAUGCUUGCUGGUUCGAACUUUGACUUCAUCAUAAGGUACUUUUUCGUGGUGCUGACAGUGCUCACACUCCUGGGCCUCCUCCAUGGGCUCAUGCUGCUGCCUGUGCUGCUGUCCAUCCUGGGCCCCCCACCAGAGGUGGUACAGAUAUACAAGGAGAGCCCAGAGGUCCUCAGCCCUCCAGCUCCACGGGAAGGAGGACUCAGGUGGGGGUUGUCCCCCACCCUGCCCCAGAGCUUUGCCAGAGUGACUACCUCCAUGACAGUGGCCCUCCACCCACCCCCGCUGCCUGGUGCCUACAUCCACCCAGCCUCUGAUGAACCCACUUGGUCCCCUGUUGCCACACCAGCUGCCAGCGGCUCCAACAACCUCAGUUCUAGGGGACCAUGUCCAGCCACUGGGUGAUAGAGCACCUGAAGCAUGGAGACCCUGCUUGGGUCACAUGAAGUCACUGGGAAGCAGUUGGUGGGUUAUUGAAUGCAGGACAGACACCUGGAGAGCCCUGCUGCUGCUGCUGUCUGCCUGCGUUCCCUUUCCUGCCUCAGCCAUCACAGACCUCCCUGAUACCCAUGCAAAACCAGCACCCUCUGGGCUGGGAGAACAGCCUUGCACACCUGGUUCUGUUUGUGCCUUUCUGCGUGGGGGUAGAAGCCAGCACCUCAGGCUGCGGUUCAUCCCUUUUCUCCCCGCCCUCCCAUGUGCUACUGGCCCCUCACAGGCCAAGCCUGGGGGAUCCUCUAGCACCCUUUGCUAGUCCUGGCCCCCCACUGCUUGGUAACUCCUGAGUAGGCCGUCUGUAUCUGUCCUCCUUCUACCACGUAAAUUAUUUAUAUGAAGAGGUUUAUUUUUGUAGUUUGUAUAGAUUUUAGCUAUGCUGAAAGUUUUAUUUUUAAAGAGUGAAAUAUAUUCUAUAUGAACUUAUCUCAAA